AUGAACCGCUCCGAAACAGCUCGCGAGGCCGCGAUAUCAGUGUUGAAGGAUUCUGGAUCAAAGGUAUGUGUUUUUAUUAUGUUUUUUGGAUUUUAGAAGCUAAUGGCAGCAAGAAAUGGCUGGAACUUCGAGAAAGUAAUGAGAUACGGAAAAUUUAUAUUGUUAUAGAUAGAUGUAGGCGAAAUUUUAAUUAAAAUGAAUUAUUUGUACUAGUUUUUGAUCCAGUUUUAUAUUCCUUAGGAAGAUUUAAGUUGUCUUAACGUUUUCAAUGUAAACUUAGGUUUUUUGGAUUUGUAAAAGUUGAGUUAUGGCCGAAAAUCAAGGGUAACCUUAAAAAUUACCUAAAAUCUCUCAUUCUGUUUUAAUUUUAGGUAAUACUGAUGUUAAAAGUACCUGGACUGAAGCGACAAAAGUCACUAAUCAAGGCAUUGAUCAGACUUUUCAAAAAACCCAAUGAUCCUUUCACAUUGUCGACCAAUGCACAGUUUGUCAACUACGCUCUAACAAAUGGAUCGUUGGACUUCUCAGUGGACGUCUACGAAAAUCAGAAGGCGUUAAAAGACAGAUCAGAAGUCAAGCAGAACUACUUUUGCAAAAUCAAUCAGUUUCCAUCGAGAAUAAACCCGGAGAGCGCCGAGUUCGAGGUAAUUUAUAUUAUUCAUGAGGAUUUGAUAGGGGUUCGGGAAAUUCGAUGUUUUCGUGGUAAACUACGUGUUUUGUUGGUGAAUGGUGUUUUAUGAUAGCAAAGAGGCUUAGCAACUUUUUUUAAUAGUUUUUGAACUGUUUUAUUGCAAUUUUUAGCAGUAUUGAGCACUUAUAUUAUUCAUGGUGCUUUUGGCAGAGGUUUUGGGAAAAUUUAAUAUUUUAGGUAACAUUAGAGUUUAAGUUAAACUUAUGCGUUAGUAAGACGAAACAGACCGUAUCCAGGGACGUCGCUACGGUGUUUUUCUCUGGGGGGUGGAGACCCAAAAAAUUUUCACAGGUAGGUCCACAGUACCUGUGGACCGAUUUUUCGAAACAAAAUUUUUUCGUUUUUUCACGUACAGGUACCUGUGGAUUUUUUUUCGGAUCGGCUCUGGGGGGGGGGGGGGGGGGGAGUCACCCCGAAAUACGAUGUGUAAUUAAUUUUAAUUGUUCAAAUUUCAGUUGGUCGAAGGAGCUUCAGGCGAUUGCUACUUUCUACUGACAGCUAUCAAAUUGGACAACCUCAACACGAAUUGGAAGGAGUACCAAGCAACAAAUGGAACUUUGGACAUCGCAGAAGUAUAA